AUGUGGCAAGUGAACGGUGGUCAGUACAAAGAAGGCAACAGCAUGGCCGCCAUCGUCAAAAAGGACAACACCCUGAUGGUCCUCAGCUACUUAACCGUGACUGGACAGCAGUACAACAGUGCAGAAAUCACUUGUGCUGUCAAAGACGCCAACAUGCAGAAUGACUUCCAGCCGAGAACGAGCUCACCAUCUAAGACAAACUCUCCACCAAAGAUCAGAGUGUUAGAAUUUGGCCAAUCCAUAAUGUGUAUCAUUGAGGACUUCUACCCAAAGACCCUCAGUAUCAAGUGGAAAAAGAAUGACCGUGAAGUCAGAGGCCGAGACUGGAAAACCACAGAAAAUGACUCGGGGUCUUACAGAGCGGUCAGUGUCCUUGAUGAAAAUAUGGCAUCUUCGAGUCCGGGAACCAAAUACACCUGUGAAGUCACACAUGGGGGCAGAACAUACUCAGAAAAUCUGUCAUCUAGAGUUCAGUCAUCUCUGAAAAUCUAUCCACCACAAGCAAAGGACCUGUUUAUAAACAGAAAAGCAGUAAUCGAGUGUGUCUUAAGUGGUGAUAGUAGGAAGGAGGUGGAAGGAGCAAAAGUGUCAUGGACAGUUGGAGGCCGGAACCCAGCAACUCGUGAUGUUCGUGUUGGUGGUUUUACACAGGCAGGAUCAGCAUUUACCAAAACUAGCACACUGACCCUUGAAGAGUCAGCCUGGUUUUCAGACAAACGUCCCUCUAUUAUCAUUUAUAAGCCUGAUAAGUCUGUCAGUGACUCUGACACAGUGUCCCUGGUUUGUGAGGUCAGCAGCUCUGAUCAUGCGAAUGUGUAUGUCAUGUGGCAAGUGAACGGUGGUCAGUACAAAGAAGGAAACAGCAUGGCCACCACAGUCAAAAACGACAACACACUGAUGGUCCUCAGCUACUUAACCGUGACUGGACAGCAGUACAACAGUGCAGAAAUCACUUGUGCUGUCAAAGACGCCAACAUGCAGAAUGACUUCCAGCCGAGAACGAGCUCACCAUCUAAGACAAACUCUCCACCAAAGAUCAGAGUGUUAGAAUUUGGCCAAUCCAUAAUGUGUAUCAUUGAGGACUUCUACCCAAAGACCCUCAGUAUCAAGUGGAAAAAGAACGACCGUGAAGUCAGAGGCCGGGACUGGAAAACCACAGAAAAUGACUCGGGUUCUUACAGAGCGGUCAGUGUCCUUGAUGAAAAUAUGGCAUCUUCGAGUCCGGGAACCAAAUACACCUGUGAAGUCACACAUGGGGGCAGAACAUACUCAGAAAAUCUGUCAUCUAGAGUUCAGUCAUCUCUGAAAAUCAGUCCACCACAAGCAAAGGACCUGUUUAUAAACAGAAAAGCAGUAAUCGAGUGUGUCUUAAGCGGUGAUAGUAGGAAGCAGGUGGAAGGAGCAACGGUGUCAUGGACAGUUGGAGGGAACCCAGCAACUCGUGAUGUUCGUGUUGGUGGUUUUACACAGGCAGGAUCAGCAUUUACCAAAACUAGCACACUGACCCUUGAAGAGUCAGCCUGGUUUUCAGGUACAGAAGUGAUUUGCUACACUUCAGUGGACCAAAGAACAAUCUCUGACAAAAUCAGGGUUAAAAAAGGAGGCAAACGUCCAUCUAUUAUCAUUUACAAACCGGACAAGUCUGUCAGGGAUUCUGACACAGUGUCUCUGGUUUGUGAGGUCAGCAGCUCUGAUCAUGCGAAUGUGUACGUCAUGUGGCAAGUGAACGGUGGUCAGUACAUGGAAGGCAACAGCAUGACCAACAUCAUCAAAAAUGACAACACACUGAUGGUCCUCAGCUACUUAACCGUGACUGGACAGCAGUACAACAGUGCAGAAAUCACUUGUGCUGUCAAAGAUGCCAACAUGCAGAAUGACUUCCAGCCGAGAACGAGCUCACCAUCUAAGACAAACUCUCCACCAAAGAUCAGAGUGUUAGAAUUUGGCCAAUCCAUAAUGUGUAUCAUUGAGGACUUCUACCCAAAGACCCUCAGUAUCAAGUGGAAAAAGAACGACCAUGAAGUCAGAGGCCGGGACUGGAAAACCACAGAAAAUGACUCGGGUUCUUACAGAGCGGUCAGUGUCCUUGAUGAAAAUAUGGCAUCUUCGAGCCCGGGAACCAAAUACACCUGUGAAGUCACACAUGGGGGCAGAACAUACUCAGAAAAUCUGUCAUCUAGAGUUCAGUCAUCUCUGAAAAUCAAUCCACCACGAGCAAAGGACCUGUUUAUAAACAGAAAAGCAGUAAUCGAGUGUGUCUUAAGUGGUGAUAGUAGGAAGCAGGUGGAAGGAGCAACAGUGUCAUGGACAGUUGGAGGGAACCCAGCAACUCGUGAUGUUCGUGUUGGUGGUGUUACACAGGCAGGAUCAGCAUUUACCAAAACUAGCACACUGACCCUUGAAGAGUCAGCCUGGUUUUCAGGUUCAGAAGUGAUUUGCUACACUUCAGUGGACCAAAGAACAAUCUCUGACAAAAUUAGAGUUAAAAAAGGAGGCCCCGCCUCCCAAUGA